AUGGCGAGAUUAACUAGGAAAAAGGCCAUUGAAAAGGAGACCAAUGAUGCGCCACUUACAAGGACACUAUCAAUGGAUUCAAUCUCUUCGUUAUUCAAGCGAAAUAAGAAAAAGAGAGGGCUUGACGAAGGAAGCGAUUUAGGCAAAUCAAGUAGCGAUGAUAACCAAGGGGAAUGCGGGGAAAAUAGUAACAGGGGCGGUGAUAUUGACGAGGAGAAAAGAGUGACUAAAAAAAGGAAAACAAGGACUAAAGAAGAAGAGCAGUUUGAAGAAAAGGAAAGGAAAUUGGAUGCAGAAUUGCCGGCAGAGUACAGGAAGUUUAGGCCUAGAGGAUAUCGUUUCAAUAUCCCUCCAAACGAUAAACCAAUAAGAAUCUAUGCUGACGGUGUGUUUGACCUAUUUCAUUUGGGUCACAUGAAACAGCUCGAACAAGCUAAGAAGGCAUUUGACAAUGUUGAGCUAGUUUGUGGAGUUCCUUCAGAUAAGGAAACACACAAAAGAAAAGGUUUGACAGUUUUGACAGAUGAACAAAGAUGCGAAACUUUGAAACAUUGUAAAUGGGUAGACGAGGUGAUUGCCGAUGCGCCUUGGUGUGUUACUCCUGAGUUUUUAGAGGAGCACAAAAUCGAUUAUGUGGCGCAUGAUGAUUUGCCAUACGCAAGCGCCGAUAGCGACGAUAUUUAUAAACCAAUCAAAGAGCAAGGCAAGUUCCUCACGACUCAAAGAACUGACGGGAUUUCAACGUCCGAUAUAAUAACAAAGAUUAUACGAGACUAUGACAAGUACUUAAUGAGAAACUUUGCCAGAGGUGCAACUAGAGAAGAAUUGAAUGUGAGUUGGCUCAAGAAAAAUGAGUUGGAAUUUAAAAAGCACAUCAAUGACUUUAGAACCUAUUGGAUGAAAAAUAAACUGAAUAUAAACAAUGUUAGUCGCGAUUUGUAUUUUGAGAUUAGACAGUUUAUGAGAGGGAAAAAAUUUAAUGUCCAGCGAUACUUGGAGAAUCAAAGCAAACAAAACUUUGUUGCAAAUGGUGGGGGCAGUAGUGGAUCCCUAAGCGAUUUCGAAGAUUCCAUAUCGAACAAGAGUGGCUCACCAUUAACCGAUUUUGCAUCAAAGUAUAUCGGCAACGCCAAUAAGGAGUUGAAUAAUGCCGGAAAGGCAAUUUUAGAGUGGAUACAAGGUGAAGACUACCUCGAUCAAGUUUCAGAUGAAGAGAUAAAGCCUAUUGUAAUUAAACCUGUUCGAAAGGCUAGAAGGAGAAGCAGUUCCAGUUCCAGUGCCAGUGGUAUUAAUACCGUCAUAGAAAAUACAACACCAGUCAAGGCAGUUGGCAGUAGUAAAAGCACAACGCCAAAAAAGACUUCCACUAUAAAAAGGACUCCAAAAAAGAAAAUCUUGUAA